AUGGCGCGCGACUUCUUCCUCCGGCGCCGUCUCGCUCCCGCGCUUCCCCCUUCCGGUUUCGCGCCAAAUCAGUCAAUCCCCAACCCUAUAUCCCGCCUACCCCUUCCUGUUUCGCAGAUGCCUGGGCCAGUGCUUCUGGUUUGCGGCGGCGCAGCAUCGAUCUGGUGGCAACAAUGGUGCAGGUCACUCCCCAACAGCACAGUCAGCAAAUAUGUGGGAUAUCCGUCGCCAGGUGGAUUUGUAAAUUUUAUAAAUCAACCUCAAUUUCUGGUGGCGCAUCCAGGAGAAAAUUUCCACCUUGUUAGACUUACUCAGGCCUUCAACCCAUUCUCUCCAACACCACAGACACCAUGUGGCAAAGGGACUCCACCAGCAGCAGCACCACCACCACCACCAGUAGAAAGGGUUGUCAACAUUGACAAUGACGAAGAUGAUGUUGAGACAAGUAGGACAGCAAAGAAAAGGCACUGGACACUUGAUGAGGAAGAAAGAUUGGCUAGUGCUUGGUUGAAUACCUCUAAAGACCUGAUAUAUGGGAAUGACAAGAGUCGUGAAAAUACAUUUUGGGGUCAGAUCAGCGACUUGUUUAACAAGAACAUCUUAAAAGGGACAUUAACCAACUGA